UGCGAUCGGUGCGAUCGGCUGGCGACUGAGCGCGAUUGUUAGUUCUACUCAGUACGGCGCGUCCGGUAGGUGAGCUCCACACUGUGCGACCGCUUCACGACCCACCUGGAACCAAGCUAACCACGACCACCACCACCACCGCUACUCCGAUCCGCAGGACACGGCGCUGCAGCAGCAGUAGUAGGUCCUCAGAGCUGCUCCGCGAGCUGUACAAAGUGCAUUGAGUGUGGGCAAGACAGAGAAACAGAGAGAGAGAGAGGCACUUCAAACCUACAGGACCGGUCGGUAGGACUCAUCAGCUGGUGCGCUCGCUCGCCAGGCACAACCCAACAACCACAACAACCCGGUUUCCAUCUCCUCGAUCCAGUUCAGAAACCAGAAACAAUCCAGAGAGAGAGAGAAACAGAGAGACAGAGAACAUGCGCCCCGGUAGGUGGUAUGUGUGGCCAUUAGAGCUACCGUUAGUGUUGUUGCUGCUGGUGGUGGUGGUGUUGGUACCCAGUGUGGUCGUCGGUGUGCCGGCAUUGGAAACCGUGUUCAAGGACAUGCAAAGAUUCGCACAAUCAAACCGAACGGAAACAACGAUCGGGCGGGAUCAGGAAGAACGCGACUCGCUAAUUGCUGUUGCUGCUGCUGCUGCUGCUGCUGCUGCUGCUGCCGCUGAGUGGUCAUUGAGUGUAGUCGUUGUGUGCUUGGCGUGCGUUUACACUAGGCGCUAGCAAACAAUCGAGAUCCGCGCCCCAAACUCGCUUCCUCUUUCAUCAUUUUGCGCACCGACGACGACACAGCACAGGCGCUGCUCGGCCUCAGAGGAGAGGAGGGGAGGAGGCUCGUGGACAUCCCCCUCCACACUGAAGAAGAUCACCGCUGAGCUGAGGGGUCAUCCGGUUUAGGCGGUACCAAAAACAAAAGCAAAAACAAAAAGCAAAAAACCCGUUUCGUUUGCGUGUGACAGUGCCACGAUCGCGUUAUCGUCGUCGUUGUCGUUGUAGUGGUCGUCUGCAUCGAGCAGCAGCAGUAGCAGCAGCAGCGGCAGCGGCAGCGGCAGGUACCCGCCAGCAUUGCGUUGCUGGUGUGAUCGUAAGUGGAAGGUGUCAAAGUGAGCGUUGUGCGGUUCUGGGGACGCGAGGCGUGACGAGACGAGACGAGACGAGGCGGCCGGCUUUUGGGCUGUGAGGGUGUGUAAGGCGGCAGUUUUCCCGAGCGAGGCGCAGGAUGCCAGCACUACGAGUGUUGUUGUUGUUGUUGUCGCCGCUCCUGCUGCUACUGCCCACGGUGGCCAGCAUGCCGCAGGACAUCUACUUCCCGGGCCGGAGCUCCGAAUCGCCCUACGAGGGCGACGCAUGCCGUAUCACGGGUCCACCGGCCCGGACCGGUAUCUGCAGGAAGGCGGCCGCCUGCCCGACCGGCAUCGCGGCCAAGGGUGAACGGUGCGAGUUCAGCGGCAACAGUGCGGUCGUUUGCUGCCCAACGUCAACCGACACCGGUAGCCGCAUCAUGACGCGCAUCGCCCAGCAGGAGUGCGAACGGUACCACAGCGCACCGUCCAACCUGAAGGAUCACGUCUCGGGCAACCGGUUCCGGGUGGUGCGGGGCGAGUUUCCGUUUAUCGCGCUGGUGCGCUUCCAGGGCAACGAUGACGCGAGCAUUCGGUGCGGUGCGUCCCUCAUCUCGCCCCGCUUCCUGCUGACGGCGGCCCACUGCUUCAGCGAGGUGCAACCGGCGAGCGUUACGCUGGCCGCGCUGACCGUCGACGAUCCCGAGGGUGACACCUACCCGGUACAGCGGGUCCACAUCCACGAGGGCUAUCGGCGGCGCGACAACGAUAUCGCCCUGCUCGAGCUGACGCGUGACGUCACGUUCGAAUCGUCGGUCGGGCCGGUUUGCCUCAACACCGACGCACAGCUCUCGCUCGCACCAUCCACCAACCUGACCGUGAUGGGCUGGGGUAACGAUGGGCAGGGCCAGCAGGAUAGGCACCUGUACAAAGGCACCGUCAACCCGGUGCCGACAAGCGAGUGCGCCCAGCAGUUUCGUGCGGUCGCCAUCAACAAUCUCGCGCUCGGUGACAAUCAGCUGUGCGCGCUCGGUGCGAAAGCGGGCGACGAAUCAACCGAUGCGUGUGAGGGUGACUCGGGUGGACCACUGGUAGCGAGCGUACGGGGACGACCCAUGCUCGUCGGUGUCGUCUCCACCGGGGUACCGUGCGGUGCGGAGGUACCGGGCGUCUACACCCGCGUCUCGCAAUACCUCGACUGGAUCGAACCGAUCGUAUGGCCCAGCAAAUGAACCACGGGCAUCACGAACUGGUGUAUUUAGCGUUUGUAUUAAGUUCACGCGAGGAAGAGCAGAGUAGCAGAAGGGCAGUACGCACGUGCGCUCCGAGCGGGUACAUAGUGGCGUGCACAAAUAGCGAUUGGCGCUUCCUUUUGUCAGCUGGAGUAGCCCAGCAUCUUGACGACACUGUUUCGCUCCGCUAGAAUCUCGAAAUACAUAUUAUAUAUAUAUACACACUCA